GGCUGCGGCUCAGUUUAAAUGCCCUCGAGCCGAGCCCCCGAGCUCAACAGCCACGGCGCGUGGACGACUGACGGCUCGAGGCAGCUGCUGGGAUUCUGGACACCUGUUGCCAAUUACCAGUAAAAGAAAUCCACUGUCCAGCCUCCUGCGUGUAAAACCUCCACAGCUGUUAAAGACAGUCAGCCAUGUCGUCUACAGUGCUGCUGAAUCUGCUGCGUUGCGGUCGUUCCACCAUCACCAGACAAACCUUCCUCACCGUACGAUCCUCAGCAGACACCUGCACAGCCCCUGGGCAGGUGGGCGGGGCUUUGCUGGGAGUGGUGGGCGUGCGACGGGCCAGCGGGUCGGUCCGUUUCGACAGCGACGGCAGCGGCCAGCCGGUCACCUGGGACUCAUUCGGUAUCUGGGACAACAGGAUAGAGGAACCAAUACUGCUGCCCUCCAGUAUCAGAUAUGGAAAACCAAUUCCACAGGUCAGUCUGUCUCGGGUCGGCAGUGCGUCUGUUUUGGGUCUCAGGAAGCAGAACGAGGACCGUCUCCGCGUUGCCCGUAUCCACGACAACCUGCUGUACUUCGCGGUGUUCGACGGCCACGGAGGCCCCCACGCCGCUGACUACUGCUACACCUUCAUGGAGAAAUUUAUCAGAGAUGCUUUGGAGGAAGAAGAUGAUCUGGAGAGAGUUUUAAAGAAAGCCUUUUUAGAUGCUGACAAAGCUCUGCACACACACCUGAGCUACUUCAACAACGCAUCCUUCCUGACAGCCGGCACCACGGCAACGGUUGCCAUGCUGCGUGACGGUGUGGAGUUGGUGGUCGGUAGCGUCGGUGACAGCCGGGCGAUGCUGUCCAGGAAGGGACGAGCCACCAAACUCACCAAAGACCACACGCCUGACCGCAAGGACGAGAGACACCGGAUCCAGAGGUUUGGCGGCUUCGUGACGUGGAACAGCGUGGGCCAGGCUAACGUGAACGGGCGCCUCGCCAUGACUCGCAGCAUCGGAGACUUCCACCUGAAAACCAGCGGCGUCAUCGCUGAGCCAGACACACGACGACUGACUGUUCAGCACGCCAGCGACUCCUUCCUCGCCCUGACCACCGAUGGCAUCAACUUCCUGCUGAGUGACCAGGAGAUCUGCGAUGUGAUCAACCAGUGCCAGGACCCCACAGAGGCGGCAGACGUCAUCGCUCAGCAGGCGCUGCAGUACGGCUCGGAGGACAACGCCACCAUCGUCAUCGUCCCGCUCGGAGCCUGGGGGAAACAUCAGAGCUCCACCAUCGUCUACAACAUGAGCAGAAACUUUGCUUCGAGUGGGAGAUGGGCGUAGACGACACACACAUCACAGUGCUCUGUGACUUCGCAGACGUUUCCGAUCUCUUCCGAACUCCCACGGAUUCAUCUGACGAGGCUCCUCGCCCUCAGUAGUGCCGCCUUCGUGCUCCUGGUUUUGCUCCCAGCUGACUCGUCCUCAGUGUAUAUAGGCUGUAUAUUAAUAUAUUGUACAGAUGAGUUUGCUGCAGUGUGUGUAUCUGUUAUGUUUGUUAGUCCUCGUGCUUUGCAUCAUGUGCAUUUAGACAAAACAUCUUGACAUCCCUCGUGUUCUCUCGGACUGACGGCAGAUGUCGAGGGCUUCGCUGCCAUCACGGAAAUCUGACGUCCAAAAUGUCCAAAAUAAAACGCAGGUUUAUCCAAAGGUGUAAAAGAGUUAGUGUCAGUUCACGGAGAAACAUUUUUUCAUCCCAGCACAGUGAUGAAUAAAGUUUGACACGUUACAGUUUAAA